AUGCUAGGAGCUGUAGCAGCUUCCACAACACUAUGCUUUUCACCAUCCACACACCCCACCAGAAUUUUUGUUCACAAAGGAAUCUCAAAUUCAACACUGCCAUUCAGCAAUGGCCACUCUUUCUCACUCUUCUCAGCCACCCCUAUGCAUUUCUCUUCACACAAGAGCAGUAGAAGACAACCCCUUUUCCUUGCACAAGCUGCUUCAUCUUCUGCUGCAAAUGCUGAAUACGUGGAGGAGCCAGCAACAAAUGUGAAAUUCCAGACGUGUCUGAAUUUUCCGGGUUGCUCAAAUUCAUUAACUUUGUUUGGAACUGGAUACAGAGAGAAAGUUUUUGCGAUUAUUGGUGUCAAGGUCUAUGCUGCAGGUUUGUAUCUAGAUCAAUCUAUCACCCGUGAAUUGAAUGUUUGGAAAGGGCAAUCAAAAGAUGCUAUUCAAGGGAAUUCUUCGUUGUUCCAGACCAUUUUCCAAUCUUCCUUUGAGAAAGCAUUGCAAAUUAUUCUUGUGAGAGAUGUUGAUGGUAAAACUUUUUGGGAUGCAUUAAGUGAUGCCAUAUCACCAAGAAUUCCAGCACCGACAACUACAGAUGAAACUGCUUUGACCACUUUCCGUGGUGUCUUUCUAGAUCGCCCUCUUAAGAAAGGAACUUACAUAGUUUUGACUUGGUUCAACCCCUCUAAAUUGCUUGUUUCUGUCUCCUCAAAUGGGGUUCCAUCUACUGUGGAUGCUACAAUUGAGUCAGCGAAUGUGGCUUCUGCUCUUUUUAAUGUAUUCCUUGGAGAUAGUCCUGUUUCUCCCUCCUUGAAAACUUCAGUGGCUGAAGGGUUGUCAAAAGUACUCAAAUAG